AUGAAUAGUAAUACAAAAAUAACCUUGACAAUUGAAUAAUUAACAGAAUUACUAAUGAAUCCAUAAUUACCUAAUAUUUAAAGUAGCUUGUAAUCAUUGUCUGAAUUUGAAUUGAGAAAUAACAACGUCGAUUUAAUGAAAAUAGUAUCAUUUGUUGAUUAGGAUGAGUUCCAAGCCAUCAGCACAUCUACUUCAAGCAAAAAUAGUCAAACUCAAUAAAUGAUUGAGAAAAUUAAUGAAUUAGAAGUGGAAAAUAAUUAUCUCAAAAAUUAAUUGGAGUAGUAGAUUGAGAAAGAAAACCAUUUAAGAGAACAAAUGAACCAAUACUUGAAAGAAUCAUCGAAAUUAAAAUCAGAGAAUGAACGUCUUAGCAAAUAAAUGGAUGAACUAGAAGCAUUAAUAAAUCAAAACAAAGUGAUAUCAAAUAGACUUGAUCCUGUCUCUAAAUCAGUCCACUUGGAUAUGAAGAAAGCCUUAAUUGUCAAACCAUUAACAAUAACACAACCGUUGCGCAAAUUUUCAGGUGCUAGUGGAAUAGUAGCAUAGCAUCCUUUUAAAAAUUCCAAAGACUUAAUUAGAAUAAAAACUGAAAGAAGUUAUUAAUGA